UGGGCCUAGAGGGCGGAUGUAUAAGAGCGCAGCAGCCGCUGUCCGUCAGCUUGGUGCUGAAAACAGAGGAACCUGAGGCGGAAUCCCGGGAGAGGAGCACACAAAGAGACCGCAACAAAGCCACAGAGGAUAAUUAACAGCAGACAAGAACACACACAACAAGCUCGCAGUGCAACCAACGGGUUUGUGCAUGACAGCAGGACGCAGGACUCCCAGCAGCUGAGUGUGAAUGACGAGGCUGGAAUCCCCCGCUGCUCCCACGGAACUGCAAGUUUUUCUGAUCUCACUUGCUGCUCUCAGCAGCCGUGUCCUAAGUUGUCAUGACUAGAUACCAUGGUGCCUCAAGUACCGUUACACUCCUGGUUCUCCUGACAGCAACAUCCUUCCUUCAUUUGUCCACCCCCAGCCCUCUCAGCACCAUUGGAGAUGCUGAUAACCCACACAGAGAUACUUUUCCUGAUUUGAUAGUGUCUAGAAACAGAGAAAGAAGGGACGAGGAGAGACAAAUAGCACCGAAAGAACAAGAUGAGGACGAAGAAGAGCUUUUCAAAGAUGUUGAUCCUAAACUACUAGCGACAAUUUUACUGGAGGCAUUGAAUCGCUCACAUGUAGAGGGAAGCAGGGAGGGAGAAGAGCAUGGUGGAGUGAAAGAAAAGAUAAAGGCUGAGAGAGGGGAGGUUAAAAAAGAAGAGGCAUACAGGGAAGUGAGAACAAUGGAGGAAGUAGACCAAGACAGAGGUGGACGACAGGACUUUGAGCUUCUGAUGGCUGCACAGGGAAAGGAGCAAGAGAGAGAGGAGGAAGAUGAGAAGAAAAAAGCUCAGGAAGAGGAGGAGAAGAUGACUGAGAAGGUGAUCAGUCGUACCACAAGCCAGACCGUUCAGAUGCAAAUGGAGCAGCAGCCCACUAGUUCAGAUGGAAGAGAAGAGAAUGACCAGGGUGCUGCUUUUCAACAAGGAUCGACCAAUCCUGAUCAAGGCAGCCAUGAGGAGGAGGAGCAGCUCAGCCCUGAGGAACUGAAGAGUCUUGAGACUAUGAUGAAAGAGUUUCCUCGCUUGAAUACAGCCACUAAGAGAGAGGGAGGUUCAGAGAAAAACCAGAGAGAGAGCAGAGGUUACAGCAGUCACAAUGACAUACUAACAAAUAAAGGCAGUGACCUUGCUAUGUCCAAGAAAAAACUAAAAUGGCAAGAGGAGACACAGAAAGCCUUGAACUUUCCAACUUUUAGAGGAGGCAAUUUUAUGGAUGAAUUUGAGGGCAAUAUUUAUGGCAGCAAUGCAGCACAGCCACAGCCUCCAGUAGAGCAAGAGGUGAUGAAAGAUGAUGAAGCAGAGGAGGAGCAAGAUGAGGAGGUGUUAAGUCCUGAGGAGGAGGAGGCCAGAGCCAAAGCAGAGCAAGAAGAGAUGAGGAGGCAGGCAGCUGAGGCACAAAGAGCCAAGUUGGAGGAGGAGAAGUUGGCUGACAUCGCCUCAGACAUGCUGCUGCACUACAUGGUCAAACAAAAUAACGGCAACAAGAAGUAUACGUCGUCCCUGUCCAACGCUGCAGAGGACAAGAGGUCUGAUGAGGAACAAGAAGUGACAGAGGAGGAUGAUAUUGAUCCUCAAACCAUUGACAAGCUGAUUGAGAUCUCCAGUAAACUCCACCUCCCUGCUGAUGAUGUAGUAGACAUCAUCAGUGAUGUCGAGAAGAAGAAGAAGAAGGACUUGCCGCCUGAAAUAACAUCACGUUGGCGACGACCUUUAUCACCCCUGGCUUCUCCACUCUCCUCUGCAAUGCAGAUUCCAACUGUUCAAAAUAACUUACCUGUCUCGAAGCAGCCACCUCCAGCUGUUAACUUACUUAAAACAUGGUUCCAGGACAACACGCCAAAACCUCUAUUAGCCAAUAAAAAUCUUUGGCCAAAACCUCAGAAGCUUCCACCAAUCAAACAAGACCUCUGGCUCACACCACCCAAGUCGGUUUGGUCUAGCUAUCCUUCUUACUCCUACACUUACCCUCCCUACUAUCAGAGGAAUCCCUACCCAGACUAUUACCCCAUCUAUUUUCCUCCUCCCCCCAGGCCCAAACCCAAGUACUUCAUCCCUAAAUCUGCUGUCACCCUCAGCAACUUCCUGGGUAAUUCCAUGGAUAACACGUACACUUUCCCUCCCAAAAGGCGAUACCAUAGCUGGGUCCAACCCCAGCUGAGACAACCCCCCCGAGGCCUCCAGCAGAAGUCCUACUACACCAGAUACCCAGACUCACUUUACCCCCGGAUAUUUCAGCCAGCACCCAUCCCCAAAGCACGUUCCCCUCUCCAAAUGUCUGCGAUGCCUCCUCAGCAAAAUCAGUUUUAUUAUUCUGCCCCAGCAGUGACAAGAAACAAAGACUAUUACAUGGCUGAAAAUCAGCCAAAAAACAGCAACCAUGAUGAUUUGGAGAAAUAUUUACAGCAGAUACUCAUGAGGAGACAACAGAUGAAAGACUGAAGAAAGCAAGAGAGGAAAGAGAAAGAAGAGGAACAACAGGAAAAAGGAGUCAUGAGCAGUAAAGAGUGUAUUUCUUUAUGAUUUUCUUCUGUUGAUAUUGAAUUAUUGUUUUACAACUACCUAAUUCCCUUCUCUGAUUGGUCGAGAUAUGAAAAGUCACAGAGGACAUUUUCCAGAAGCAGUCUGGAGAAAAUCAAACUUUGGAAUGAAAAUACAAGGACAGGCGCACAUCUUCACUACUUUCCUCUGAAGCAGGGGAACCGGAAUGAAUGUGAUCAGUUGGAAAGUUUAGUCUGGCAAAGAUCAUAUGCUAGAGCUUUUCAUCAACACUCCCAGCAUGACAACAUUCUCCAUUGGACAUUUUAUAAUGCCAGCACUGGAGGACGCUUAAAUAUGUUGUUACUUGUAUGUUUUUCAUUGUCAGAGAGAGAGUCGGAUGAAUCGCAGGCUAUGGCAGAUUCUGGAAAACAGAAAAACAUUUGAUUCCUAAUUUUACGAUCUGAAUGUCAUCAUGUGUGCACACAAAAAGGAUAAUUGUGGGAUUAUCUGAGCCAGGGAAAUUAGAAGCAUAUUUCAAAAACCAAUUCCAUAGAAAUAACCUGUUUUACACCUCUCAGAGUACACAAACACCAAACAUUCCAGCCAUAUGUGAUAGCAGAUUGUGUGUUCCUGAUUCUAUGGUUAUUAAUAUGCUUCUAAAGCAGCCUCCACUCUUCUAGGGUCCGUCUUUCCUGCUCAGGGGCUGAAGGGUUGACAUCAGGCAGACCAGUCAGGCUCUUCCACAUCAAACUAGGGGAACCUUUUCUUACAAAACUGACUGUGCAUCAUCAUAUUGAAAAGGAAAAUGCCAGACUAAUUGUUCAUACAGAGCUGGAAGAACACUGUUGUCUAACAUGUCGCUGUAUUAAGAUAUUUAUUUAUUUAAAUUAUUAUUUGUAUUAAGAUUUAAAUCUAAGGAGUUACUUACCAAGUGGCAAACUCUAGGGUUGAAAAAUGAAGCCAUUGCAAAUGUACUAAAAAUGGCAGUUCCUUGAGGCUGGCUCCAAAAAGCAAGUCGAUCCACAUUUGAGCCUAUGUUAAAACGACCAGCUUUACAGCAGAAAUAAGCAUGUUUACAGUCUGGUACAAAAAAACACUUUGGUCAUUUUUCUAUUCGUGACGACUGUAUUGGGGGUAUGUUUUGUACAACUUACCUGUAUAAAUUGCACUAAAGCUUAAAGUUAUAUAUAGUUAAGAGUGCGGUCACAGUGCAUUACAGGUGGGUAUCCUGAUAAGACAAUCCAUGGCCCAAGAAACACUUGCAUAGCCCGCUUCAGCUCCAGACACACUACACCUCUUUGCUCAUUUUUGAUUAGCCAGACAUUAUAUGGAAUCAGGCAGAAAAAAAAUGGUGAUAGCCUGAGCCACUUUACUGAGCUCCAAAUACCAUUGUUCAGAGAACAUUUAGGUGAUGACAUGAAAGGUCUUUACAUUCAGUCUGGCUAUGGAGUGUCCACUUAAUUUAGGCCAAAUAAAGUAUCAACUGACAAUCUAUUACCUCUUAGAGAUGAAAUGAGGUUCACAAACAAUCUUAGAAAGGCUUAAUUCCGAAGCCUUUUCUUGUACAUUUCUUUGAAAAUUAAUAAAAUUUUACGUAACUGUUUCAUUUCACAUUUUUCUUAAUCAAAAUGCAACUUUUUUUCCCCGGCCAAUACCUUUUUAAGAUGUACACUCACACAUAUCCACCAAAGCUCUUCAUAAUGAAACAUAAAUCACUGAUAAGCACAUUUCCAGACUUCAUACAAAAGGCUUUCUAAGCCACACUAACACCACUAUAAUGGCUUGGAUGACUCACCCUUUUGCAUAACUUCUAUUACCUUGUUGCUAUGGUGCCAAACCCGACCAAACUCUAUAUGGCAUUCUUUUACAGUUGAUGCCUUCAGAUGACGAUGGAGUGGCGGAUAUUGUUGUUGUUGUUGUUGUUGUUUUUGUUCUGCUAGAAAAAAAGCUGCCUUGAUUUUAUAUUUUAUUUAUUGUCAAACAAUGCACACUGAUGAAUAGACAUUUACAUUAAAAAUGUAAAAUCAUUGUAUGAAGGAGUCAGCCAUUGCAGAUUUUAUGAAAUGUUACAUAAAAAGGAGCAUUGCCCACAGUUUGCAUCAAACUUUUAUAGGUUUUGCUGACCAACCACAUCUAAAGAAAUAAGAUCCAUCAGGCUUGGACACACACAAAGUCCAUAUUGUUACCUUGACUCUGCACAUGGGAACUGCAUAUAUGUAGUAAUAUGUGAAUGCCCUGUCUUCUAAAAAAAUAAGGUAUUAUAGAACUCCACAGUGUAACAAAAUCACAAAGUUUCUUCCAUUUGUUUUGAAUUCAUAAUCAACUCAGUUUUCUAUUUUGGUUCUUUUUUCAAUAGAGUCAUUAUUAAGAUCAUUAAUUGGUGCCGAACUCUGAGCAGAAAUCUGCAAAUAACAUGUCACUGUUACAUUCCAUUUACCGUUUUUAUCUUUGGUACUUUGGUAUUAUGAAAUUUAAGCUGCAGUCUCCUCUGUAAUGGGAGCAGAUAAGAUGAUUAAAAUGGGUUCUUAAUAACUUGUUUGCCAUAGAUGGGAACAUUUAAAACCAGGAAGUGAUAUUUACUACAUGGAUUUGAUGACUGUCAAAAUCUAAAGUGUGAAACAAGGCCUGUAACCUGCUGAGAAUUUCUUUCUCUGCUUAAAUGGUUACUUAUAAUAAGUAAACACUUUUCUCCCUUUUUCCUAUUGUUAGAAUAGAACAAGAGCAGAAAUUGCUGCUUGUUUGUGUUGUUGUUGGCCUUUGUGGCAGUUUGUUGAUAAGGGAUGAACAAACCUUAACAUCUAUGUUGCAAAGCCAAAACAGAAUAAUGGUGUUCUCAUGAAAGAGAAAAGAAUGUUAACAUAGUCAAGAAAAGUAGUGAACUGAAUAAAAGAAGUAAUUUUUUGCAUUUGUUUUUAAAAAAGCUUAUUUUUUUUAAUGAUUAUUAUUUCCUUUUGUUUUUUAUAUUUUUGUGAUUGAGAAUGAGGUCACAUAUGCAUAUGCAGAAGGGAAAAUAAAAGGCGCUGUAACGACCAGACAUGAGGGUACUGUCUGCACGUUUAUGUAUACUUGCAUCAAAAAAUUGCGUCUUUAAUGACAAACAAGCAUCAGUUUAAAAAAAAUGAAAAAAUAAAAAUCUUAAACACGAAAGAAACAGUGAUGUUAGUGUACCCAAAAACAAUCGUUUGAGUCAUGUAUUUGGUGAGUAUUGUCUAUGGUCUUUCUAGAUGUACCUUGUUGUAACUGUCGUAAUAAACAUGCAUUUGCUGAAUGUAAA